AUGCCUAACUUAUCUCUUGCAGAAGCAGCAAGCCUCCUCUUCUUGGUGAUCUUGGUCAUGAGGUUUAAGUUUAACUGGAUAAAAAUGGCGUUGGCUCUUGGCUGUAAUUUGUUGCCAACUAAUAUUUUAGAGGACCUAAGUUCUUUCAAUGCUGACAUCUUCUUGUUGGUCGAAUUUGAAAAGGCCGUGCCGGAUGAAGUGUGGGCUUCUGGAACUUCCGCAAGAGUUAUUGAACUCAGCAAUAAUUCUAUUCGAAAUGUACCUGCAAAGAUUGGUUGUCUAAGCUCCUUGCAGAAAUUGUUGCUCGCUGCAAAUGAUAUAGUGGACGAUUCUAUUAGCUUGGAAGGACUAACCGUUCUGUCUCUGGAGCAAAACCAUUUAACGACGUUGCCAUCUUCACUGGGCUUGUUGACAUCACUGAGGCAACUCAAUGUUGCCAAAAACAAAUUAUCUAGCCUUGAAGUUCUGAAAGCCAACAACAACAGGAUAAGCACCAUCCAUACAUGUAUAGGCGACUGCAAUGCUCUUACUGAGGUUGAUGUUUCGUCAAAUCUUCUGUCCAAGUUGCCAGAGACAAUGGGAAGUUUGCAAAAUCUGAAGUCUUUGUAUCUCAGCAACAACGGGUUGAGAGCCCUUCCCUCUGCGUUAUUCAAAAUGUGGCUACAGCUCACAACGCUUGAUCUGCACAAUACAGAAAUAACCGCGGAUGUCCUUCGUCAGUUUGAAGGCUGGGAAGGCUUUGAUGAACGCCGCCGGUUGAAGCAUCAGAAGCAACUGGAUUUCCGAGCUGUAAACUCCGGUGCGUUUAAUGAAGGUGCCGAUAAGAGCUGAUGCCGCUAAUUUCGGGAUUACAUGUCGCAAUUGUGCAAAGUUGUUGUCCAUACUCGGUGACAUUUGUAUCUAGAUUUACAAAAGCAAGCUCCGAUCUGAUGUCUAUGGUACUUGAAUUGUUAUAGAAUCUAACAACGUCAGUAUCUUGUUAUCAAAA